AUGGCAGACGACUCGGCGUUUGAUAAGAAGUCCCAUCGGGCGAAACAUGCCGGCCGAAAAGCGGAGAAGAAGAAAAAGAAAAACCAACUCGACCAAUCUAACCUAAGUGCUCGGCAGCGUAAUCCUAAAGCUUUUGCUAUCCAGUCUGCUGUACGAGCUGAGAGGCAGUUCAGGAGGAAGGAGGAUAUCAUUGCGAAGAAGCAGCAUAUUCCUCAGGUAGAUAAGACACCGUUAGAACCUCCUCCGAUCGUCGUAGCAGUCGUUGGUCCCCCGCGCGUAGGAAAGACCACAGUCAUAAACAACCUUAUCAAAAGCUUCAUAAAAACUAACGUCACAAGCAUAAAAGGCCCCGUGACCAUUGUCACAUCAAAAAAACGCCGGAUAACUCUUAUAGAAUGCAACAACGAUGUGAAUUCAAUGAUCGACAUCGCAAAAUGCGCUGAUCUAGUUCUGCUCCUCUGUGACGCCAGUUUCGGCUUCGAGAUGGAAAUAUUCGAGUUCCUAAACAUAUGCCAGGUUCACGGCAUGCCUAAAAUCAUGGGUGUCUUGACUCAUUUGGACAUGAUAAAGAAUGCAAAGACACUAAAAACAACCAAGAAGACCCUAAAGCACAGAUUUUGGACUGAAGUGUACCAAGGCGCCAAACUAUUUUACCUCUCUGGCAUAGUCCAUGGAGAAUACUUAAGGAAUGAGAUAAAGAAUCUGUCCCGCUUUAUAUCUGUGAUGAAGUUCAGGCCGUUGAGUUGGCGCAUGACGCACGCUUAUGUGCUUGGGGACAGGAUGGAGGACAUUACUAACCAGGAGGCGAUCCGGAAGGACCCGAAGGUCAAUAGAGAUGUGGUGCUGUAUGGCUAUGUGAGGGGAGUGCCGUUGAUGAAGGAGUCUGCUGUACACAUUGCUGGAGUUGGAGACAUGAAGAUAAGUGAACUGUCUUACCUGCCUGACCCCUGCCCACUUCCCAAAAGAAAAAAGAGACACCUCAUGGAAAGAGAGAGACAGAUCUACGCCCCCUUCUCAGGUGUAGGCGGCAUUGUUUACGACAAAGAUGCUGUUUACAUUGAGCUCCAAGGCUCCCACCAUCAUAAAAAAGAAGAUGAGGAAGUUACUGAAAAGAAGGAGCUGCUUAAAAAUGUUGUUGAGACUAAAGAAACAGUGGAUGAGCAGAUGCAAGAAUCUGGCUUCCAAUUGUUCAGUGGAGGUGCUGUGAUCUACCCUGAUAUGAUUAAAGAUGAUGAGUAUUUACAACAUAAUAAUAAGAAGGGACAGGAAAGCUCAGAUGAGUCAGAUUCUGAUGAUAAUGACUCCGAUAAUGAUAGUGGUAUUGACCAAGAGAAGGAAAGCAAUAAGGUUCCAUGGAAUAAUGAUUCUGGCUCUGAAAAUGAUGAACCCACUUCUGAAAAAGAUAAUGACGAAAAUGAUGAAGAGAGUGAGGAUGAUGAUGAAUCAGAAAAUGAAGAUUUUGGUGCAAAAUGGAAAGAAAAGCUUAGUGAGAAAGCCACUGAAGCCUAUUUUGAGAGACAGAAAACAUCUAAAAACAUAAUGAAGCUUGUUUAUGGAGAAUUUGAGAUUGGAAAUAAAAACAAGGAAAAAGAAGAAUCAGAUGACAGUGAUGAAGAAGAAAUUGGAGGGUUGUUCAAGAAAGUGACAGCCACACAGAAAAAGAAACAUAAAGAGAAAGAGAGACUGGACACUGAGGAAUGUUCUUUCUUUUACUCUCUAGAUAAACCAACUAUAAAGGAUUGGACCAGUGAAGUCAAUAAACAAGUUUUGAUCAACAGUUUUGUCACAGGAAAGAGAUCGGCUGAUGAAGAUGCUUCAGAACUCCUUGAACUUGAUGAUGCAAGUGAUGGUGAUGAUGAGGAGAUGUUUGGAGACUUUGAGGACUUGGAAACUGGCGAGAAACAUGCUGCAAAGGAGAAUGAAGAAAAGGAGGAAACAGGCACGAAACGGAAAGGAGAAAUGACUAAGGCAGAAAUUUUAGAAAAGAAAAUGAAACUGAAAGCCAAAUUUGACUCUGAAUACGAUAAUCCUGAUGAACAUAGGAUAAAAGGUGAUCAUUCUUACUAUGAGAAUUUGAAAGCAGAGGCUUUGAAGCAGUCUGAAUUGAACAAAUCAGUUUUCGAUAAUUUGGAUGAAGGUUUAAGGAUAGAUGUGGAAGGUUUCAGGCCUGGUUUGUAUGUAAGAAUGUUGUUUAAAGACAUGCCUGCCGAAUUUGUAACGAAUUUCGAAGCCACAUAUCCAAUUCUCAUUGGAUCCUUAAACAUGGCAGAACAGAACAUUGGAUAUGUGUCAUGUAAAGUGAAGAAACACAGAUGGUACAAAAAGAUAUUAAAAACCAAUGAUCCAUUGAUUAUUUCUUUAGGUUGGAGAAGAUUCCAGACACUGCCUAUUUACUCUAAAAUAGAAGAUGAUUUAAAGUGUAGGUACUUGAAGUAUACUCCAGAACAUGUGACAUGUAACAUGCACUUCUACGGGCCGAUAACGCCACAAAACACAGGUUUUCUGGCCUUGCAGACAGUCACUAAUGAUCCUAAUGAUAUGAAGCAAUCAGGCUUCAGAAUAGCAGCUACAGGAAGUGUAAACGAAAUUAACAAAUCAACACAAAUUGUUAAGAAAUUAAAGUUAGUAGGCACACCAACAAAAAUAUACAAGAAAACUGCUUUCAUCAAAGACAUGUUUAACAGCACUCUUGAAGUAGCGAAAUUCGAAGGAGCAAGAAUAAAAACAGUAUCCGGAAUCAGAGGACAGAUCAAAAAGGCGAUCAACAAACCUGAAGGCGGUUUCCGAGCUACAUUUGAAGACAAAAUUAAGAUGAGUGACAUAGUUUUUUGCCGAACAUGGUUUAAAGUAGACGUUACUAGAUUUUACGCUCCAGUUGUGAAUCUACUUCUGCCUUUGGAAACCAAAAACGCGUGGCAAGGCAUGAAGACUAAAGGACAAUUGAAGAGAGAGAGGAAUAUAAAAUCAGAUGCAAAUAAGGAUUCCAUGUAUACAGACAUUCAGAGAGCGCCAGCAGUGUUCAAGCCUCUAGUAAUACCUAAAGCCUUGCAGAAAGGUUUGCCAUACAGAUUCAAGCCUAAAUCAAAGGAGAUCACCUCCACAUUAUCCGGAAAAGCACCUAAGGCCAUAAACAACGAAAGGGUAGCUGUAGUAAAGAGCCCAUAUGAACAGAAGGUAGCAAGCGUCAUGAAGAUGAUAAAGACCAACUUUGAGACAAAGAAAACAGCCGAAAAGAAAGCAACUAAGGAGAGAUUGAAGGCUCACAAACGGGAGAUGAAUGAAAUCGAAUGGCGUAAAAUUAAACGUCAGAAAGAGUUGAAGAAGAAGAUCUGUAGAACGCUAAGUAAGAUGGGAAAUAAAAAGAAACCUCAGAUGUGAGUUGCUGUAGGUAUUAUUAUUAAAUGUUUCACAAUUA